CAGCGUUUCAUUGAAGAUUCAUUUCAAACACGCGCUCUUUCAUUUUCUCUCUCUAAAACUAUAACCGAUUUAGUUUCUCUCUCUACAGAAGAAGAAGAAAAGCAACGAUGGCAGAUCAACUCACAGACGAUCAGAUCUCUGAGUUCAAGGAAGCUUUCAGCUUAUUCGACAAGGAUGGCGAUGGUUGCAUCACAACCAAGGAGCUUGGAACUGUUAUGCGUUCAUUGGGGCAAAACCCAACUGAGGCAGAGCUUCAGGACAUGAUCAAUGAAGUAGAUGCUGAUGGGAAUGGUACUAUUGACUUCCCCGAGUUUCUUAACCUCAUGGCAAGGAAGAUGAAGGACACCGACUCUGAGGAGGAGCUGAAAGAAGCGUUUCGGGUUUUUGACAAGGAUCAGAACGGUUUCAUUUCUGCUGCUGAGCUUCGCCAUGUGAUGACCAACCUUGGCGAGAAGCUCACCGAUGAAGAAGUCGAUGAGAUGAUCCGUGAGGCUGAUGUUGAUGGUGAUGGUCAAAUAAACUACGAGGAAUUCGUUAAGGUCAUGAUGGCUAAAUGAUCUCCUUUCUUUCACAUCAUAUCCACAAAAACCUAAAUUUAAGAAAAUGUUGAUUAAGGAAAUGACAUUAGGGAGGGGGACAAUGUUUUACUUGUAUAACCGUGCUUUGUAGUAAUCAUUGCCCUUUCUUUUUUACAUUUUAUUUCAUGGUUAAAUGUUUAAUUAGUGGUAAGUCCUGCUGCUAUUGAUUGUGGUUGAAUGGUGUCUUCUUAGUUUGUCUUGUAAUUUUAUCUCUUGAACAAGUUUUAGUGUUAAGGUCAUUUCAGUUUUUACCAUUCAUAUAUUGGUGAAUGGUGGUGACUAUUAUUGUAAUGAUAUUUGACAUUCAGCUUUGUAUUACUUCUAAUUUUAUAAUAUCUUCUUGAAUGGUGA